GCAGAAAAAAGGUUCCGGCGGUCCCUGAGAGCCUUUUGAAAAGGCGCAAGGCCUUCGCCACCAUGAAGGCCAUGCGCAUCAAGAAGAUGCUGGCCGAUAAAAAGGCAAGUUUGAACUAACCCAAGUAAUAACCUAACUAGCAGGCUUCCAUAUUUACGUUUUACAAUGCAUACAAUCUCCCCAGAAAUGCAGGUGAUGUACUGCGUAGAACUGGCUGGUUGUGGGGGGUAAUAGCUAUCCAUUUAAGCCCCACUGUCAUUCAAUCGGUAUAACUACAAUGUGGUUAAUGAUGCUCAACUUUUUUCCCCAUCUUAUCGACUCUGGUGAAACCAGUCAGAAAUAGCCAAUUUGUCUGAAACCACAUAGAAAUGUUGUCCUAAAUAAGCAAUGUCAGCUGUAACCUUUAGCUAUCCACUCCAUCAGUUUAAACACAGCUUCCUGUAGGAUGUUAACCCAUAAAAGGAGGCAUUAAUUCAAGGUUUAUUCAAAUGUGUAAAAUUUGAUUGGUCAAGCACCAAAUAUGGAAGAGACAACCAAGAGCAGCGCAGUCUGAACUAGCAAAGGUCACAGCAAAUUAACGUUCUUAUUGUAUCAACACUGUCAAGUCUAAGGUUAUAAUAUUGUAAAUAAUAAUCUAGUUGAUGCUAUGUAAUUUAUAAUGACAUGGGGCAAAGAAUUACGCUUCCAACAUUAAUUUCAUAGCGCACUGUUUUUCUCUACAACGUGCAGUAUCAACUUUGGUCCUACUGUGAAGUUAAACUAUAGGUGUUACUCUGCUGUAGUGUUCUGCUCCGACUCAUAGUUGACGCCUCGUAUCCCCAGACUCGCAAGGUGACCAGGAAACUGAUCUACAAGAGGGCUGAGAAGUACCACAAGGAUUACAGGGAGAUGUACAGGCGCGAGAUCCGCAUGGGGCGGACGGCCCGCAAGGUCGGGAACUUCUAUGUCCCAGCUGAGCCCAAGCUGGCCUUCGUCAUCAGGAUCAGGGGGUACGUUUUCUGUGGAUGAAAGUCUGCUAAAUGCAUAUAUUUUUUUUGUCAGAUUUCCAUGUGUCUUGUACACCAUUACUCAGGUGCUGGGUAAAACAUGGAUGUAAUUAAGUCGUUACCUGGACACUGAUUUUUAUUUGUUGUGACUUGGUAUAGCUGGUGACAAUGUCUCCUUCCUGUCUUUCAAACUUCUUCACAAUGUGGUUAAUGAUGCUCAACUUUUUUCCCCAUCUUAUCGACUCUGGUGAAACCAGUCUGAAAACUAAGCCAAUUUGUCUGAAACCACACUGAAGGUAAACUAAAAACCGACUGGAAAAUGAAAACUAGUGACGCUGUGCUGAACAACAUGUACCUCUCUGCCUGGCCCCCCUCUCAGUAUCAACGGCGUCAGCCCCAAGGUGCGCAAGGUCCUCCAGCUCCUGCGUCUGCGUCAGAUCUUCAACGGAGUGUUCGUCAAACUGAACAAGGCUUCAAUCAACAUGUUGAGGAUCGCCGAGCCCUACAUCGCUUGGGGGUAAGGCUGACAAUACUACCACGGUGUAUUCACUAGGAAGCCAAUGGGCCAAAGUAGGGUGGGACUAACCUGAAUUGGCCAAUAAGAAAUGCUCGUUUUCGUAGCGGAACUUUUCAUGUUGCAAACGGGUUUGCACUAAUAAAUACACCCCUGCUUUGUGAACACCCUGUUGAAUUUGAGGGUUACGGUUCUGUGUCGCUUGAGGUAGAUGGUACAACUUGUCCCGGAAGUUCUUCACAAUGUGGUUAAUGAUGCUCAACUUUUUUCCCCAUCUUAUCGACUCUGGUGAAUCCAGUCUGAAAAAUAAGCCAAUUUGUCUGAAACCACAUUGAUAUUACUAAUGGCACUCAGUAAAACCCUUAAAAAACACUUCUGUCACGCCCAGUAUGAAAUGAUCCAAAUUAAUGUUUUGGUUGGGUGCAGCUGCGGUAGUUAUCACUGUUUUUGUUUGCGACUACACUACUUGCACCACGGUGGUCCACAGAUAGUAGUUUUGUGCUCUCGUCUCCCAGGUACCCCAACCUGAAGUCGGUGCGCGAGCUGAUCUACAAGCGUGGCCACGGCAGGAUGACCAAGCAGCGCAUCGCCCUCACAGACAACGCCCUGAUCGAGAAGGCCCUGGGUACGCAUUUUCAAGCCUUCAUAAUGUUGGAAGUCAAAGCCAUUUUCACAUUUACUCUACUGUAGAAUAGAUGGGUUGUCUGCACUGUAAUGAUUGUCCCGUCAUUCAAUCUUCGUCCACAAUGUGGUUAAUGAUGCUCAACUUUUUUCCCCAUCUUAUCGACUCUGGUGAAUCCAGUCUGAAAAAUAAGCCAAUUUGUCUGAAACCACAUUGAAUCAUUUGGACAUAGAUAUCCCAUUACUGUACACAGACCUUUAGCCACAAGCAUUUCGCUACACCCACAAUAACAUCUGCUAUAUAUACAGUGCUUUCGGAAAGUAUUCCAGACCCCUUGACUUUUCCUACAUUUUGGUACGUUAUAGCAUUAGUCUAAAAUGGAUUUAAAUAGUUUUUUCCCCCUCAUCAAUCUACACACAAUACCCCAUAAUGACAAAGCCAAAACAGGUUUAUAAAGAACUGAAAUCACAUUUACUUAAGUAUUCAGACCCUUUACUCAGUACUUUGUUGAUGAACCUUUGGCAGCGAUUACAGCCUCAAGUCUUCUUGGGUAUGACGCUACAAGCUUGGCACACCUGUAUUUGGGGAGUUUUUCCCCAUUCUUCUCUGCAGAUCCUCUCAAGCUCUGUCAGGUUGGAUGGGGAGCGUUGCUGCACAGCUAUUUUCAGGUCUCUCCAGAGGUGUUAGAUCGGGUUCAAGUCCGGGCUCUGGCUGGGCCACUCAAGGACAUUCAGAGGCUUGUCCCGAAGCCACUCCUGCGUUGUCUUGGCUGUGUGCUUAGGGUCAUUGUCCUGUUGGAAGGUGAACCUUCACCCCAGUCUGAGGUCCUGAGCGCUCUGGAGCAGGUUUUCAUCAAGGAUCUCUCUGUACUUCGCUCCGUUCAUCUUUCCCUCGAACCUGACUAGUCUCCCAGUCUCUGCCACUGAAAAACAUCCCCACAGCAUGAUGUUGCCACCACCAUGCUUCACCGUAGGGAUGGUGCCAGGUUUCCACCAGACGUGAUGCUUGGCAUUCAGGCCAAAGAGUUCAGUCUUGGUUUCAUCAGAUCAGAGAGUCUUGUUUCUCAUGGUCUGGGAGUCUUUAGGUGCCUUUUGACAAACUCCAAGCGGGCUGUCAUGUGCCUUUUUACUGAGGAGUGGCUUCCGUCUGGCCACUCUACCAUAAAGGCCUGAUUGGUGGAGUGCUGCAGAGAUGGUUGUCCUUCUGGAACGUUCUCCCAUCUCCACAGAGGAACUCUAGAGCUCUGUCAGAGUGACCAUCGGGUUCUUGGUCACCUCCCUGACCAAGGUCUUUCUCCCCAGAUUGCUCUGUUUUGGCCGGACGGCCAGCUUUAGGAAGAGUCUUGGUGGUUCCAAACUGCCAUUUUAAGAAUUAUGGAGCACCCUGUGUUCUUGGGGGACCUUCAAUGCUGCAUAACACAAUUGGUACCCUUCCCCAGAUCUGUGCCUCAACACAAUGCUGUCUCUUAAACUCUACGGACAAUUCCUUCAACCUCAUGGCUUGGUUUUUGCUCUGACAUGCACUGUCAACUGUGGGACCUUAUAUAGACAGGUGUGUGCCUUUCCAAAUCAUGUCCAAUCAAUUGAAUUUACCACAGGUGGACUCCAAUCAAGUUGUAGAAAAAUCUCAAGGAUGAUCAAUGGAAACAGGAUGCACCUGAGCUCAAUUUCGAGUCUCAUAGCAAAGGGUCUGAAUACUUAUGUAAAUAAGGUAUUUCUGUUUUUAUAUUUUUAUAAAUUUGCAAAAAAAAAUUAACCUGGUUUCGCUUUGUCACCCCCUGUAUAUAGCCUCCCUACUGUUUAUUUUAUUUUACUGCUUCUCUUUAAUUAUUUUUAAUUUCUCUUGUUUUACUGCAUUGUUGGUUUAGGGCUUGUUUCACUGAAGUCUACACCUGUUGUAUUCGGUGCAUGUGGCAAACAAAAUUAAUUUGUCAUCAUGGGGUGUUGUGUAGAUUGCUGAGGGGAAUCCAUUUUAGAAUAAGGCUGUAAUGUGACAAUGUGUGAAAAGUCAAGGGGUCUGAAUACUUUCCGAAAGCACUAUGUUACCAAUACAAUUUAGAAGGGGUUAUCUUUGAUUGGUACCGAUCAUUGUCAAUUUGAUCUCCUGGAUGGUCAGUCCUUCCAUAUGAAUUUGAGUGGUUACAUUUCUCCAACCCCAUCCCUCAGCUCUUUGAAUUGAACUGCAGAUUGCCCUCUUUUUUUUUUUUAAACAAAUAUGUACAAGGACUCUUCACUCUGUCCUCGUCCCUCCAGGUAAAUACAGCAUCAUCUGCAUGGAGGACCUGAUACAUGAGAUCUACACAGUCGGGAAGAACUUCAAGCCUGCCAACAACUUCCUGUGGCCCUUCAAGCUGUCCACCCCCCGCGGCGGCAUGAACAAGAAGACUACUCACUUUGUGGAGGGAGGCGAUGCUGGAAACAGGGAGGACCAGAUCAACAGACUUGUCAGGAGGAUGAACUAGAGGUGAGAUGCGGCACACGUCAGGGUUAAGGCAGCGUUUCCCAACACUGGCAUGGUGUAGCUGUCAGCAUCAGGUUUGGUGACUACUGCCUACAUGAUCAGCUUUAUACCAGUGUUAUGAUCGAGAACAAAACCAUUUGAACAUUGUUUUAUGGGCAUCUUCUCAAGUCCCAAGUGUCCCGUUUCUAUUUUACACAAUGUGGUUAAUGAUGCUCAACUUUUUUCCCCAUCUUAUCGACUCUGGUGAAUCCAGUCUGAAAAAUAAGCCAAUUUGUCUGAAACCACAUUAGUAAACCACUGGCACUUUGAGGAUGUUCCCCCCCUCCAGUUACUUAAUGAAUUAAAGGAAGUUGUGUGUGUGUGUUAGAUGCUCUGAAUUUUAAAAGUUCAAGUUUCUGCUCAGCGCCGUAAAACACUUGAACAUUGGCGACAACGGAUCUCGAACUAAACAUAGGAAAUGUGUAUUUGCCGUAAGCAAUGUGGCUUGUUUUCUGGUAUUAAUGUUCACAUUUCUUGUCUUUCAGGUUUUUCACAGGAUGCUGUUGAGUUUGUACAAUAAACAUCAAAAGGAACUUAUUGGUCUUGUCUCAUAA